CCCUCUUACGCCGCACCGCCGCUGCUCAGCUCACUCACUCCAGUCUCUCACGAGCGGGUGGCGGGCCGCUCCAUAGCUCCACACACACACUCUGCGCUUCUCGCGUCCGUUCACAUCGACCUCGACUCGCUGUCCGAAAAUGACCGUCACUGUUACGAGGCCAUCCGUGAGCCUAACCUCCUCCAACCGCGGAGAGUAGAUCCGGAGCCGAGGAGAGAGAGUAACCCACCUCUCUCUUCUUCUCUCCCCAUCAUCUGCCUCAGUCCUCCGGGCAUCAACCGAAGACAGCUAAAGACGCAACGAUAUUCGCCUAUAUCUACCGACACAUCAUUGCUUUUCAGGAUUCAAGACGGGGUUAGUGGGGAUAUCGUGGAAGUGAUUUGAUACAGGGAUUGAUUUUGUCGAUAUACGGUGAAGAUGGAUAACGUAAACGUGGAGUCGGUGGAGAAAGAGUGCGGAGCGCUCGGUGGAUUAUUCCAAGCGAUUGUCAAUGAUAUGAAGUGCUCAUAUCCUGUAUGGGAAGACUUCAGUGCCAAGGCCACCAAGCUGCACUCUCAACUCCGAACCACUGUGCUGGCAGCUGUGGCCUUUCUGGAUGCUUUUCAGAAAGUGGCGGACAUGGCAACCAACACAAGAGGUGCCACGAGGGAUAUUGGAUCAGCACUGACCCGGAUGUGUAUGAGGCAUCGUAGCAUCGAGGCGAAACUUCGCUAUUUUACUAAUGCUUUGAUGGAGAGCCUAAUAACUCCUCUACAGGACCGCAUUGAAGACUGGAAAAAAACAGCCAAUCAACUGGACAAGGAUCAUGCCAAAGAAUACAAACGUUCUCGUCAUGAAAUAAAGAAGAAAUCUUCAGACACAAUGAAAUUACAGAAGAAAGCCAGGAAAGAGCUACAGGGUCGGGGAGAUCUGCAGCCUCAGUUGGACAGUGCGAUGCAGGACGUAAAUGACAUGUACCUGUUGAUGGAGGAGACGGAGAAGCAGGCAGUGAGACGUGCCCUAGUGGAGGAGAGAGGACGCUUCUGUACCUUCAUCAGCUUUCUGCAGCCUGUCGUGAAUGGAGAGAUUGCCAUGUUGGGAGAAAUCACUCACCUCCAGGCUAUUAUUGAUGACCUCACUGUUUUAACCUCUGAUCCUCACAAACUGCCUCCAGCCAGUGAGCAGGUAAUAAAAGAUCUUAAGGGGUCUGAUUACUCUUGGUCCUACCAGACUCCCCCCUCCUCUCCCAGUAGCUCUGGCUCUAGGAAAAGCAGCAUGUGCAGCAGUGUAAACAGCGCCCACAGUAGCGCCUCUCGGUCCUCUGGUGGCUCUCAGACUCACUCACCUGGUUCGUCCUGUCGCUAUCGCAGCCUGGCCCAGCCGCUGACGACGGCCGUGCACCGCCUCAGCAGCGUCUCCUCACAUGACUCCGGCUUCAUCUCGCAGGACGCCAACGUUUACUCCAAACCCCCGUCACCCAUGCCCUCUGAUAUAACCAGCCAGAAAUCAUCGAGUUCAGCAUCAUCAGAGGCAUCUGAGACUUGUCAGUCAGUUAGUGAGUGUAGCUCUCCAACUACAUUUGGCUCGUCCUUCGCUACCUUCCGCCCUGCUCUCUCUCACACUGGCUCCAUCAGGCCUUUCUCUGUCAUACUUCCUGCGUCCCCACCCUAUAACCACUCCCCUGGAUCCAACACACCCUCUCCCACAUCAAAGGUUUCUUGCUGGAAGGAUUGGUCCAAGGUAAGUUCCAAUGAACAACCAUUGGCCAACACUCUUCAGAGAAGAAAAGAGCCCCUGGAUAGGCUGAGGGAGGCAGAAACAUCUCCCCAAUCCCAGGGCUAUUCUGGAAUGCAUUCAGAAGACCAACAGAGACCAAGGAUGACCCCAGCCAGCAUAGCUGCCAAGCAUGGGGAGGAGGUCUCUCCAGCUGCUAGUGAUCUGGCUAUGGUGCUGACACGAGGCCUCAGCAUGGAGCAGCAGAAGAGCAGCCGAGAUUCCCUUCAGUAUUCCAGUGGAUACAGCACACAAACCACCACACCAUCCUGUUCGGAAGAUACUAUUCCCUCACAGGGCUCUGAUUAUGAUGGCUAUUCGGUGAAUGGAGACACAGAGGCUGAUGGACAGGCCGAAUUCGAUAAAUCCUCCACAAUUCCCCGUCACAGUAAUAUCGCCCAGAACUACCGGCGCAUGAUACAGACUAAGCGUCCUGCCAGCACAGCAGGCCUGCCCAGCGGAGUCGGCGCUCUGGGUGGACCACCUGGCGGAGGCGGUGGGGGUGGUAUGGCUGGCACCGCCACCAUCCGCCGAACGCCAUCGACCAAACCCGGGGUGAGACGCACCCUCUCCAACGCUGGCCCUAUUCCUAUACGCCCACCCAUUGUGCCAGUCAAGACCCCCACUGUGCCUGACUCACCCGGAGGAUACGCAGGCCCACCCGCCCGUGUGGGCAGCGAAGAAUGUGUCUUUUAUGUGCCGGACGAUGCCUCCCCGGGGGCGCUGGAAUAUGUGAAGGCCUCUCCGAAGCGUUUGAGCCUUCCCAACACAGCCUGGGGCGCGGGGGGAGUGGGCGGUUUAGAGAUGAGCGUGUACGGCCAAGCGGGGGAAGAAGAUCAUUUACUGGCCGCCAACCGCCACAGUCUGGUGGAGAAGAUCGGAGAGCUGGUGGCCAGCGCUCAUGCCUUAGGUGAGGGCCAGUACCCUUUCCCCUCACAUCCGAACCAGCCUCCACCAGGCCCAGAGUCUCAGCUCGACACAGAAGAGCCACAGGAGGGUCAGGACAUGCUGGUGUCUAUCCGUCGAGGGGUCCGACUGCGCAAAACCGUCUCUAAUGAUCGUUCCGCCCCUCGGAUUUUGUGAUGGCUCGCAGAAUUAACCCCAGAAGAAAACUUUGCAUUGACUCUUUAGAAAACGAGCUAUGAUAAAGAGGAUAAAAAAUUAAAUGUUUAAAGUCAUUAGAGAAAAUACGUGAUGAAAUAAUGAAUAACAAUAAUGAAAAAAGUUAAUGAUAUGUAACAGCAGGCCGAGGCCAAUAUAACUCUUAGCGUGUCUGAACGCAUGUUUGUCUUAUUAACACGCCCAUCACCACGGCGGGAUAGUUGAACUGUAGUGAGACAAUAAACUACUGAAAGAACCAGGGACCAGGAUGUUGGAGGAUUUUUGUGUUGUCCUCCUACUUCACGGUCCCCCUAAAAUAACAGCCUCCCCAAACUAUGGACCCCAGGAAUCAGUGCUGGAGAAGCUCAACUUAAUUUCAGGGGUAUGCAGGGGCUAUUUACAAAUCCCUACCCUUCGCAACACUCCCCCCGUUCUCACCUCCAGUAAAUUUGACGUUGCAAUUUGAAAGCGUUAAUGGUAUCAUGCUAUCGUGUGUUGGUGUCUGGCCUAUUAGUAGUCGGGAUGGAGGUGAGCAGGGCUUUGCUGCAGGUCAGCUUGUGGUUGGAGAAGAGGGACGGGAUCUAUAUUUCGUUUGUACACUUCUGUCUUGUUUAUUCCGGUUUGCUUUAUUUACCGAAAAGUUAUCUACUAGGAGUAGUCAGGUAUAUGGAUUUUUGACAGGUGAGAAACCACCAUGAUAAUGUGGAGCAAUAAUUUCUUUUAUGGGGAAGAUUUUGAAGACCAGCUUUUAGCGAAGCUGUUCGUUUUUGAUGUUCAGGUGUCUUCAAAAGCAUGCGCUUUUGAAGUCUGUUAAUAAGUCUGAUUACGGCUUAUUGAAAUAAAUAAGGAAGAGCACUUUUAAGGUGAAGUUUUGACCACUAGUUGUCACUGUGGCCACACUAUGUGUGGCGAAUGCUGUGAGAGGACGCGGUUGCUUGCCCUGCUACACAGGGAGAUAAGUGCGUAUAGCGAUGUGAUAAUGUAGGAAGAUAAGAAAGAGAGAGAGAGAGACAGGAUGUGAAUCAGAAGAAUGAUUUUGAAGGGAAGCUGACUGAUAUAUUUAAUUUCCAAUUCGAGUUUGUACGUUUCAGGAACAUUUAAUUUUUCAACUUUUUGCUAGGAUGCCUCAAACCCCUAAUAUAUCCGUAGACAGGGAGAAGAGCUUAGAUGAAGGCACACACCUGGCUGCCAUUUUUGGGGAAUUACAGUACGGAUCUGCGGAGGGAAGAAGGGAUGAAAAAAGGAGAGAAUGAACUCUAGGAAGAAAACUCAUCCAGUUGUUUAUGAUAAAAGCAUUCCACUGCCUGUCAUAGAUAAUAUAGGAAUAAAUGCCUAGAAAAAAGCUUGCCGGUUACGCCGGUUCCUGGCGUCUUUAUAACCACGAUACUGUAACCGGAAUGGUGAUUCCCUGUUAUCACCUGACGGGAAGAACGCAAUGCUCUGUGAUGAUACUGGAUGUGGCUGGUGAUGUAGUAGGUCAAAACGUAGUUUUAGUCAUGUAGUGUCUGUCUGUGAGUGACUUUCUGUUCUCCCAAGAUUCCCUAUCACCCCUGCGGUCAUAAAUAGUGUUGUUGCACAAUGAAUGCCAGACACGUAUUCCUUUAACGCCGUACUUUUCCGACUUUUGUUUUUAUUUAUUUUGCAUAAAUAGAGCACUCUGUUGUAGGAAUGCCUGUAGCAUUAAAAAAAAGGAAAAAAUGUACCUCUGCUUUGCGACAGUAAGUACGGAUGUGUCUGAACUUCUGCUGAAAAUAGCACUGUUCUGGAACGCUGGGACCAACAUAGAGCAAGCCGAAAUGAAAGAACAGGGUUAACAUAAUCGAGGCCAACAAUAAAAGAGCAGGUCAUCGUAACUUUGUACAUAUUCAUGAAUAAAUAUAUUCCCACACAAUGUUGUUUGGUGAUGGUGGUGGUCUAGGGAUGGGUAAAGAAUCAAAUGCACAGGCUAUGGCAGCAAUAAAGUGAACUGGUAUGAAGUAUCAUAUCUUUAGUUACAUAUCCAAUACGUGUCAACAGAGUUUGCAUGCAGAACUUCAUUUUACCGGUUUUCAAUGCAGAGUUCAGCGCAAGUGAAGGAGUUUUGAAUGGGAAAGUAAUGAAAGAGUAGUAUGAGGUGAAGAAAGGCAAGGCCGGUGUACAGUAAUUGGUGAGAGAUACAGUAAGGAGUGAAGUGAAUGGGAAAUAAAAUAGAAAAGAGUUUGAUCACUGGUAGUUGGCUCACUUUAUUGUAACACCAGUCUCUGUUCCCGAGGUCAGGAAGCAAGGUGACACUUAAAAGCUUCCCGGAGGAAGCGAGGAUUGAAAAAAAUAUUGCUUUUAAGCUCUGCCGUCAGCGUCUCGUCUCCAUACUUGCCCCAUGCAGCAGCAUUGAGUCUUUUGGUUCUCAGGUGAUAUACAUGCGUUUGUGCAGUCACGUUUAACUCGCGUCUCCUGCUGUACGUCACGUUUAGCUAUAAGUCGGCGUUCGUAUGUUAGACCUCACAGUUCAGCUGUGAAAAUUAGAUCUUAAAAUUUUCUAAAGCUCAGGAUUCACAGAUUGUCUCUAGAGCAGCCCUGGUUAUUUAAAGUAACUCUGGGUGGAAGAUGUGGUUUAGAUGUGCUUCGGUGGUUUGUACAUUUCAUUUUGAGGGCAAUAUUUUGACAGUACUACAGAAUGACAGAUAUUGUUCUUACUGCUUGCUUUGUAGGGUUAUUUGGACCCUAAUACCACCCCUACAUGCACAUAGACACACGCAAGUUUUGCCUUUACAUCUAAUUUAUUGAGCCAAACAAAUGCCAAAAUAUUGAAUUUGGCCAACCCCCGGUUGUUUACAUUAAGUAACAACCGAUCGUGUAUAGAGUUAGCGUACAAUCAAUAAAUAUAACGUCAGCCUUAUGAAACUUCAUGCCUUUUUUGACAUUCACGUUCUGUAACCCCCUGCGAUGGACUGGCUGUCUACCCAGGGUGUAUCUGCUCCGAGAUGCUGGCAUCUCCAGCCCUCCGUGACCCUGCAGAGGGUAAGCGGGUUUGGAGAAUGGAUGGAUGGUUGCUACAACCCCCUCACCAUUUUCAUUUUUAAUCAUGCACCACACCUAUAGAUGGCUGUGGACAAUACAUGGGCAUGUGGUGCCACCAAUGCUAAUUUGGACUUCCUCACCCGCUCACGCUCCGAUUCUCGAAGAUGCCCUAAAAGACAUCUGUCUCCCACGCUCAGUUCAGCCACGACGCUACAAUCUGCCCCCUCUGCUGUCUCAGCCGUGCCCUCACGAAGGGAGGACUUGGCAACCAUGAAUACUGAGCUGAACGCAGUCUUUUCAUUGCUCCCCCCACACACAAGUGGCAUCGCACAUGCCCUUAUUUCCACUAAAUUCAUUACGGAGCCGAAUUAGCAAGCAUAAUAGCUCAACACAUUUAGCCAGUGUACUUUAUUAUGUUUCUUCAUUUCAUUCACAUGUUAAAGAUAUAUGUGCAUUUGUUUUUUUGUACACCCCAGCCCUUCCUCUGACUGAUUUAAGUAACGCUACAGGUGUUGUUGUCUUUGUUUUUGCCUCCUCUCUUAAGCUUCCGCUUUAAUUUAUUGUGCUGUUUUCCCGAGGCUAAUUUUGCCACUGUUGCUGAUAACAUAAUUUCCUUUUUUGUAAUAUUUAUCCUAAUUUCGUUAAGUUUAGUCACAGCUAAUGUAACAAAACACACUGUGAUGAUUCCAGUAUUAAUAAAAGUUGUACUUAAACUGUG